AUGCCUCCGCGCAGAAGGCCCCAGCCCUCUGCGGCUAGCCAGCGACGUCAGUCAGAGGCUGAUCCCACGAAGAAGAAGCGCCCUUCGCAAUCCAAUCCAGAACCCGAGCCUGAACAAGCUGCUCCCGAGCAAGCUCCGCCUCAGGAUGACCCCAAUGCUCCGAAGUUCACUCCGCGGGAUCCGUUCGAUGCGCUAUUGGAACCAUUUUACUACAACAAGGGACUCACAGACCCAAUUGACACUGCCAAGGACAAAUGGAACCUGCUACCGGCUUUCCUUAAGGUUAAGGGACUGGUGAAGCAGCAUAUUGACUCAUACAACUACUUUGUGGAAGUGCAGAUGAAGAAGAUCGUCGAGUCGAGCUCUACAAUUCGCAGUGACGUGGACCAUAACUUUUACAUAAAGUUCACCGAUGUCUAUGUCGCCACGCCCCGACGCGCCGACGAGCAAGGCGACGGUGGUUAUGAUUUCGAGUCAACGAUUACGCCGCAAGAAUGCCGACUGCGAGACACUACUUAUGCUGCGCCUAUUCUUGUUGACUUCGAAUAUGUUCGUGGUCGGCAGAGGGUUAUUCGACGAGGUGUUCCCAUCGGAAGAAUACCUCUCAUGCUUCGUAGCUCCAAGUGUGUACUGUCCAACAAAACACCCGCUCAGAUGAGCAUUCUCAACGAGUGCCCUCUUGACCCCGGUGGUUACUUCGUUGUCAACGGAACGGAAAAGGUCAUUCUGGUUCAAGAACAGUUGAGCAAGAACCGAAUUAUCGUUGAAACCGACCCAAAGAAAGAAAUCGUCCAGGCAUCGGUUACCAGUUCUUCCAACGAGCGCAAAUCCAAAAGUUAUAUUGUUUUGAAGAAAGAACGGUUAUAUGUCAAGCACAACGUGCUCAACGAAGACAUUCCCAUCACAGUUCUGCUCAAGGCUAUGGGUAUCCACACCGAUAAGGAAAUGCUGGAAAUGGUCACUGGUGACGAUCAGCAAUACCAAGACGACUUCGCCAUCAACUUCGAAGAAGCCAUCAAUGUUGGUGUCUUCACCCAACAGCAAGCCCUUGACUGGAUCGGUUGCCGAAUCAAGAUCAACCGCAAACAUGCAACUUAUCGCAAGACCCACGUCCAAGAAGCUGUCGAGGCCAUCGCCUCUGUCAUUAUCUCCCAUAUCGAAGUCAAGGAUAUGAACUUCCGCCCGAAGGCUAUCUACGUUGCUCACAUGGCCCGUCGUGUUCUUAUGGCCAAGAAUGACGCAUCUCUAGUCGAUGAUCGUGAUUACCUUGGAAACAAGCGUUUGGAAUUGGCAGGUCAGAUGUUGGCUCUUCUUUUCGAGGAUCUGUUCAAGAAAUUCUGCUUUGAUAUCAAGAUGAACAUCGACAAAGUUCUGAACAAGCGUAACCGGGCGGAGCAGUUCGAUGCUUGGACCAUUGUGGCAAUGCACGGUAAUCAUAUCACCCAGGGCAUGAACCGAGCAAUCUCUACCGGAAACUGGAGCUUGAAGCGUUUCCGCAUGGAGCGCGCAGGUGUCACUCACGUUUUGAGUCGUCUGAGUUACAUUGCAGCCCUUGGUAUGAUGACCCGUAUCAGUUCGCAGUUCGAGAAGACCCGAAAGGUUUCUGGUCCUCGUGCCUUGCAACCAUCCAACUUUGGUAUGCUGUGUCCUGCCGAUACGCCCGAAGGUGAGGCCUGUGGUUUGGUUAAAAACUUGGCUCUCAUGACACAUAUCACAACCAAUGACGAAGAAGGCCCUGUGAGGAAUUUGAUGUUCAUGCUGGGCAUUGAAGAAAUCUCGAGCGUUGGUGGAAAACAACUCUAUGCCCGCGGAUCCUACACUAUCUCUAUCAACGGUACGCCAACUGGAUUGACGAGACGUCCCAAGUCUUUCCUCAACGCAUUCCGCAGACUGCGUCGCAUGGGCCGAGUCUCCGAGUUUGUCAGUAUCUACAUCAACCACCACCAGCGAGCUGUCCAUGUUGCGACGGAUGACGGUCGAAUCUGUCGACCUUUGAUUAUCGUCGAGAAGGGCAAACCCCUUGUCACAGCCGGCCACCUUGAGAAGCUGCGCGAUGGAAAGAUGGCGUUCGAUGACUUCCUCGCUCAAGGUCUCGUGGAAUACCUUGACGUGAACGAGGAGAACGACUCGUACAUCGCAAUCUACGAGAAAGAUAUUACAAACACUCACACCCAUCUUGAGAUUGAGCCGUUCACAGUCCUGGGUGCUGUCGCUGGUCUCAUUCCCUACCCUCACCACAACCAGUCCCCCCGUAACACAUACCAAUGUGCUAUGGGUAAGCAAGCUAUCGGUGCAAUUGCUUCCAAUCAGUUCCAGCGAAUUGAUUCAAUCCUCUAUCUCAUGGUCUACCCACAGAAGCCGAUGGUCAAGUCUCGAACCAUUGAAUUGACCAAAUACGACCAACUCCCUGCAGGUCAGAACGCAACCGUCGCUGUCAUGAGUUACUCCGGCUAUGAUAUUGAGGAUGCUCUGGUCCUGAACAAGGGCUCGGUGGACCGUGGAUUCGGACGUUGCCAGGUCUUCCGCAAAUACGUCACAACUCUCAAGUCCUACCCCAGUGGAGCCAAGGAUCAGCUGCAGGGACCAGACUACGAGAAUGAUGCUCCCAUCCGCAAACACGCCCUGCUCGAGUCCGACGGUUUGGCCGCUGUCGGAGAGUUGAUGAACUCCGGCGAAACCUACAUCCGAAAGGUUUCGCCCAGAGUCCAGAACUCAUCCGGCAUCGCAGGCUCUGAUUUCAACAGCGGCGGAGUCAUCGACGCUUCCAUGACCUACAAGCUACCCGAUCCCGCAUACGUGGACAAGGUUCUCGUCUCAGCCACAGAAGGUGAAACUCAGCUCAUCAAGGUUCUGACUCGACAAACCCGUCGCCCGGAAGUCGGUGACAAGUUCUCCUCUCGUCACGGACAGAAGGGUGUUGUGGGUAUCAUCGCCGAUCAAGCCGACAUGCCAUUCUCAGACCAGGGUAUCAACCCCGACAUUAUCAUGAACCCCCACGGUUUCCCCUCUCGAAUGACAGUCGGUAAAAUGUUGGAGCUUGUUGCCGGAAAGGCAGGUGUUCUCUCCGGCCAGCACGGCUACGGUACCUGUUUCGGCGGCAGUCCAGUCGAGGAGAUGUCCCAGAUCCUCAUCGACAAGGGCUUCAGCUACGGCGGAAAAGAUUACCUCACAUCCGGUAUCACCGGUGAGGCUCUGCCUUUCUACGUGUUCACCGGUCCUAUCUACUACCAAAAGCUGAAACACAUGGUUCAAGAUAAGAUGCACUCUCGUGCAAAGGGUCCGACUGCUACAUUGACUCGUCAGCCCACUGAAGGUCGUUCACGUAACGGUGGUUUGCGUCUCGGAGAGAUGGAGCGUGAUUGUCUGAUUGCGUACGGAACCAGUCAGCUGCUCCUUGAGCGAUUGAUGAUUUCUUCGGAUCGCCAUGAAGUCGAUGUUUGCGAACAGUGUGGUUUCAUGGGAUAUCUGAAUUGGUGUCCUGGAUGCAAGUCGUCUCGCUCUGUUGUGAAGAUGGUCAUUCCCUACGCUGCCAAGCUUCUCAUUCAAGAAUUGAUGAGUAUGAAUGUCACGGCUCGUCUCAAGCUUGACGACGAAUUCCCUGAGAUGAAGGGUCGUUAA